GUUCUUGGGAAAAUCUGAUGGUACCCAGCGGAUUACUUCCUGAAAAGUAUAUUCUCUUCGAGCAAAACCGGUCGGCGGUCACAGCGUGAAGCUAUUUAUACUUCCAAGUAUCAAGAGAUUGCUUAACCUACGAGACGUUCACGACCAAGGAAGAUGGCUGUCCCUCGCGAGCCCUUGCACUGCUCUUGGCCCCUCAAAUUCUUCGAGACACGUCCAAACUCCGACCGCGCUCUCGAAAACCAACCUUAUAUCGACUGGGUAAAAGAAUGUGUGAGUGAUUCAUGGGGUGCUGGAGAUGAUUCUCAUGAUGAAGACGAUUCCGAGUGGACGAGUGACGAGGAUGGAGAGAGUGAAUGGAGUAAAGCCUCUGAACUUUCAAGUGGUGCAGAAGAUCAUACCGCCGAAGAGCCUUCUCUAGAUCUAGAAGACUCCGAAUCGGUGGUAUGUUAUGACCAGAAAAGUACUGUUAGACUUUUCAAGGAAGGCGAGGGUGAAGAAUUGCUCCCCUAUCGCGAUCAAGUUGAUGUGGUGGCUGGGUUCUGUGAGAUGGAUGGCACAAACCCAGACAACACGAGAAGAGACAACCCGGUCGAGGGCAGUGUGGUGCUACUUGGCGAGAGCGGUAAAGCAGAGAAAGCUCACUCAAAAUAUGGACAAUAUCGGUGUUACCGAGGACCUAUGACUUCUCAACAGCUUAAGUCAGAAUUGAGUAGGAAGCGAUUCUGCAACAGUUCAGAGCGAAAUAAUCGCAGAGAUUUUGACGUAGAGAGAAGGCUGAUAUUCAUCACUCAUUUAGAUGCAUCAACCGUCGAGACACUUGCUGCAACGGCAUCGAGAAGUCAAGCUUUUGCUUUCAAGAAUCUCUUUUACAAGCACUUGGCCGGCCGAGCGUCCAUUGGCGUAGCAAUUCACUUAAGGGGACUCAUGACCUACAAUCUAGAGCUUCAUAUUCCGUUUUAUGUCUUAAAAGGAGGUUUUCGACCGGUUCAAGACCCGCGGAAGGGACAUGACGGCUGGUAAAUUCCGUUCGAAUGAACUACCUUCAACACCUAGGGAGUAUUUCUUCAAAGUGUUUGAGAUUCAACUUAUUCAAGUUCUGCGAGAAUGAGAGGCUAUAAUUGAACAGGUGGAGGAAGACGUUGAAACGUGCGUUCGAAACUUAUUUCUUUUCAAUAAUCUUGUGGGCUUGAAGUUUGAACAUGCCAUCUCGUGCACGGCGAAAUUUUCUACAUGACAUGAAUUGUCAGCGUACUAGCAAGGUUCUCUUUUCUUAUAUCUAUUGGCAAGACCAAACAUCCUUCCAU